AUAAAGGAACGGAGGGUAAACAUGCUAUCCAGACAGUUCUUCAACUACUUGAAUUCGAGACAUAAUUUCUGAUGGCUCCUCUGCACUUAACUUUCAAAAUGGUCCACAUUCUUGGAUUAAUGACCCUUAUGAUGAGGAUGGUUGACCUAAAUGCUUUUCCAAUAUCUUUCCUCGAAUAUUUGCGGUAUGGCUGCAAGGGUUACAUUAUAGUGGAUUACCUGUUCCGGCUAGACCGACUGUGCAACGAGUGUUACAACCUAUAUCAAAACCAACAGAUCCUCGUAGAUUGCAAGCAAAACUGCUUUGAAAAUUGCCAGUUUAAAGCAUGUGUAAUGGCAACUGCUAGAACAGAGGAAUGGAAUAUUCUUAUAAACAUGGCUAAACACUUACAAGUUAAAAAUGAGACGAUGGUUCCAGCAGUAAGAAAUGCAACAACAUUGGAUUUACUUUAGAUGAACCUCUGCUCUUCAUUCUAGAGUUAAAAACAAGAAUGUCACGGAAUUAUUAUUUUUAUGACAAUGAAAUAUCAAUUAUGAAAGAAAAAAUGCAAUUGUAAUAUUAUUGUUUAGUUCUGAUAAUUAAUUUUUCAAUAGUCAUUUUAUUUGAUAAAGAAAAAUC